AUGGGCGAAAGGUGCGAAGGUGCUGAGCCAAAAAACGUACUUCCAUGGAUAAUAAUAUUAUGUUUGGAAGCCCUGAUUAUACUCUUUGGAAAUAUCAUCACCAUAAUCGUGUUCCUGAAAGGGAGAUUUCACUUGAGGAAAACUUCUGUUGUCUUGAUAAACCUGUCUGUUGCUGAUUUUCUGGUUGGUCUAGGUGCUCUUGGGGACAUCGCGAGUCACAUUUGUUCGCUUUCUUCAUCGUGUUGCAAGACACAUAUUACUUUGAUAGAGAGGUAUUUCCCUCUUGGAGAGUACUCUAGCACUGCAUCCAUUAGUUUCCUUGUCCUCAUUUCUUUGGAGAGGCUCUAUGCGAUAGUUUGGCCUUUUCGCAGCCGAGUCACAUCGACACGAACAUACAUAUGUGUUGUUUUAGGAGUUUGGCUUUUAUCUGGAAUAGCUCCUGCCUUUGCCUUGUUAAGUAGUCAACAUAAAAUUCGUCCAGUCCCAAUCGAAGUUUACUUGUGGAUUGGAUCGCUCUAUAUGUAUGUUUGCCUGAUAGCCAUCGUGGUUGCGUAUUCUAUUAUUUGGUUCUUUUCUACAAAAAGAGAUCCAAGACUUUCAGAGAGUAGCCAGAUACGCAACAAACAUCUUUCAAAGACAAUCUUUAUUGUAACUUCUCUUUCACUGAUAACUUGGCUGCCUUUCGCUAUUGUGUUCAACUCGAGUUUUAUCAUAAGUGGUAAGAGCACAAUUUUACAUAGAUUCAUUCGUUGUCUUCAGCUAGCAAAUUCUUUCAUCAACCCGAUUGUUUAUUGGUUUAGAAUGCCGAUUUUUGGAGCAACGCUAAAGGCUACACUCCUUACAAUAAGAACACGAUUAAGCUUCAGGAAACGCAAGACUGGUACACAAGCGGAUGCUGUAGUAUUAGCCUCUUUUUCUAACAUAGAUGUAUGUCCCAAUAAAAUCACACCCCUUGAUUAA